CAUAGGGUUUUAUUCAUGGUAUCAAUUUGAUUAAUGGCAUUGUAGGUGAAGGUAAAAGCUCACGAGCUUCGUGGGAAGAAGAAGGAAGAACUUCUGAAGCAGCUGGAUGAACUCAAGAAUGAGUUGUCUCAGUUGGAAGUUGCUAAGGUGACUGGUGGUGCUGCUUCUAAACUCUCUAAAAUCAAACUUGUGCGAAAGUCCAUUGCCCGAGUUUUGACUGUUAUUAGCCAGACCCAGCGUGAGAACCUGCGCAAGUUCUACAAGACAAAGAAAUUUAAACCCCUUGACCUUAGGCCAAAGAAGACCCGAGCCAUGAGACGUGCCCUCACCAAGCAUGAGGCUUCCCUUAAGACCAAGAAGCAGCAGAAGAAGCUCACACACUUCUCAUUGAGGAAAUAUGCUGUAAAAGAGUAACUCAAAAAUGUCUGUCAAUAAAUACCUUGUGUAGAUAAACGUU